AUGGCGGUGGGGGGUGUGUGGGUGUUCCGGAAGGACGGGGUGAUGGAGCUGCAGAGCGUGGCCGGAGGGUCGUCAACGGUCCGGAGCGUGGGCGGCCGCAAUAAGGCGCUGGUGUACCUGCCUGCGAACGAGCCGAUGCGGUCGCUGGAGGUGCUGGAGCGGCGGCUGGGGUCGCUCGGUUGGGAGCGCUACUAUGAAAACGGAGACAUCGUGCAGCUCCACCGUCGUGACGGCGGGGUCGACCUCAUCGCCCUCCCGCGCGACUUUGCGCGGUUCCGCUCCACCCACAUGUACGAGAUCAUCGUCAAGAACCGACACCACUUCAAGGUCGUCGACCUCUAG